AUGUCUUAUUCGAGCUCCUCAUCCGACGGUGUUCUUGACGAUAUGGUUAUCUCCAUGACGCGGGAGGCGAUUAAUUAUUUGCUAGAAGAAGCAAAAUCCUCUGCAUCGCGUACCAGACUACCGCCUCUUGAACGGAAUCGGUUAGCUGCUCAUGAACCUCUAGUGCAAGAUUAUUUUUGUGAAACUCCUUUGUACGAUGAUGUUCAGUUUAAGUAUAGGUUUCGUAUGAGCCGACGACUAUUCGUUAAAAUUUCCAAUGAUCUUGCGGGCGAAUCCCCUUUUUUCACGCAAAGGGUAAGUGCAAGUCGCAAAGUUGGUUUCUCUGGACUACGGAAGUGUACAACAGCAAUUAGGCAACUAGCCUACGACACAACGAGUGAUGCGUGGGAUGAAUAUUUGAGGAUGCCAACUGCAGCCGACGUUCCACUUCUAUACGAGGCCCAUCAGCGUAUACACGAGUUUCCUGGAAUGUUGGGUAGUCUUGAUUGCAUGCACUGGGAAUGGGGGGCAUGUCCAACCGCUUGGAAAGGGCAACAUCAUCGUGGUGACCACGAUGGUCCUACCCUAAUAUCACAAGCGGUCGUUUAUCAAGAUUUAUGGAUUUGGCAUGCGUACUUUGGCAUUGCUGGUACGAACAAUGACAUUGCAGUUUUAAUGUCCUCGAAUCUAUUCGAUGAUGUCAUAGACGGUGUUGCACCAGAUACUUCAUUCUAUGCAAACGACGUGCAGUAUAAGUAUGGCUACUAUCUCACAGACGGUAUUUAUCCCGAGUGGGCGACGUUGGUAAAAACUCUUUCGUGUCCAGAUGACGAAAAAAGAUUGUAUUUCAAGAAAAAACAAGAUUCAACAAGAAAAGAUAUCAAGCGGGCUUUCGGUGUGUUAAAGAAAAGAUGGUCUAUCAUCGCCCAGCCGUCGAGGAUACUUGAAAAAAGUAAGAUGAGAAACGUCAUGUAUACGUGUAUCAUUUUGCAUAACAUGAUAUUGGAGGACUCGGGUAGAGCGUUUUGUGGAGAAAGCUAUGAUGAAAGUAUCCAACCGACGAACCCAUUACUAACAUACGCUGAGAAAGAAGACAUUCGAGCGAAGAUACGAGCUAGGCACACACACCAUAACCUUCGAGCCGAUCUGACAGAGCACCUAUGGUUUUAUCGUGAACAAGGAGGAGUCGACACAGAUGACAAGCAUGUUUUUUAUUUUUUUGAUGAAAUUAUGUAG